GGUUUGUUUGUGUUUAUGGGUUUUUCAGUGUGUGUAUGGUCUUUGGAAAUUCACCAGGGCUGGAUCUUAUUUUCAUCCUCUUUUUCCUCAGAGCCUGACAAAUUGUUAUCCCUGCUCCUGCUUCAGGCGGCUCCUCCGGGCAUGCUCCUUAAGCCAAAGUAUGGCCGCUUUCGCAAUGAGUCUGUGACCUCCUCCGACGACCUGAUGCAGAGCUUAGCCAUGAGCGGCAAAGUUGUAGCCACACCGGUGGUCCCCUCCUCCACCCCGAGCCUUCCUCUGCCUCGACUGGAUCCCAGUGCCAGAUCGUCGUCCUCGGCUGGGGCUACAGCCCAGGCCGACUCGCCAUGCCUGGAUGGGGAACAGGAUGCCACCACUACCUUUUGCAUGCUCAUCCCUAGGAUGCCCCAAUGGAAGUUCUCCAACUCUCUGCUCAGCCGGAGCCCAUCCAGCUCUAGCAAGGACUCGGGCAAGGCGGCUGCAGGUCCUUCUCAGGCCUCGGUCUCCCAUUCUUCAACACACAGGCCCAGUGUUGCCACCUCAGCCAGUGGCCCAGUGGCCAGUCUUGCAGCGGUACUUAACUCCUGUGACCCUGUGUGUGUCACCCCCUGUUCCUUGCAGGCCAUUCGAGGGCAGAGAGCAGUUGCAGCGGCAAACUCUGCCAGUUCAGGAGGGCACGUGUUUGGGGCCACAGAGGCCAUGGCGGGCUCUGGGAGUUCCAGCAGCUCCAGGUCAGGAAUGAGCCGCCGGACAAGGGUGGAAGGCAUGUGGCUGGGAGAGGACUUCACCCAGAAGGGAAGCUUCAUCCACAAACCCUCUCAAGGCUGGCUGCACCCUGACAAGAAGAUUGCAGGACCAGGGGCCUCUUAUAUUAUCAGAUACAUGGGCUGCAUUGAAGUACUGAAGUCAAUGCGCUCGCUGGACUUCAACACGCGGACUCAGGUGACAAGGGAAGCCAUCAACAGGCUGUGUGAAGCUGUGCCAGGGGGAAAGGGAGCUUGGAGGAGGAAGGCCGUGAACAAAGCUCUUCAGUCCAUUAUGGGGAAGAGCAACCUGCGAUUUGCAGGGAUGAGUAUUGCAGUCAAUAUUUCCAUAGAUGGCCUUGGUCUGCUUAUCCCUACCACACGACAGGUGAUAGCGCACCAUCCCAUGCAAUCUAUUUCAUUUGCCUCUGGGGGAGACACAGACACGCCUGAUUAUGUAGCGUAUGUGGCCAAAGACCCAGUUAAUCAGAGAGCAUGUCAUAUCCUGGAGUGUUCAGACGGUUUAGCCCAGAGUGUCAUCAGUACCAUCGGCCAAGCCUUCGAGCUGCAGUUCAAACAGUACCUACAUAGUCCUCCCAAAACCACGACAUCUAUGGAGAGGUCUGCCAGGACAGAAGAGCCAAUGUGGGGGGAGGAUGAGGACGUUUCUGAGCAUGACUACUACAACAGCAUCCCUGGGAAGGAGCCUCCUGUUGGGGGAGUGGUGGACUCCAGGCUCAGGUCUAGUGGAGCCCUGCUGGGUCACAUCCACACCCAGCCACAGACCAAGACAGCAGCACAGAUGGGCUCACCAGCCAGGAGGGAACAGGCAUCUUAUCCCCCUGGUCAGCUGUGCUAUGAACUUCACUGGGACACUGAAACCACCAGCAGCUCAGGUCUGACAUCAGAUGGUUACCUGUGUGCUGAUGGCCAGCCACCAGGCUGCAGAGAUUAUGAGGAGCAUCAGUACGUUAACACCCAGAGUCUGGAAAACCUGGAUUCACUGGCACAGGGUCUUGAAGCACACAGAGGAGCCAGGGUACCAGACAGUCCCAAAAAGGACCUCUUUGACAUGAGGCCCUUUGAGGACGCCCUGAAGCUCCACGAGGCCUGUGGGGGAGGGUCCAGUAUGUCGGCUGCAGCUGGGGGUGUCCGGGUCCUGGAGGACCAGUGGCCCAGCCCUCCACGCCGUCGAGCCCCUGUGGCCCCAAAUGAGGAGCAGCUCCGCAGGGAGACGUGGUACCACAGCCGCAUGAGCAGACGGGACGCAGAGAGACUCCUGGUCAGAGAUGGAGAUUUUCUGGUCCGGGAGAGCACUACCAACCCAGGACAGUACGUGCUAACUGGAAUGCACUGUGGCCUGCCCAAACACCUACUGCUAGUGGACCCAGAGGGAGUGGUCCGAACCAAAGACAUGUUAUUUGAGAGCAUAAGCCACCUUAUCUCGUACCACCUGAAGAACGAGCUGCCGAUUAUAGCAGCAGAGAGUGAGGUCCACCUCAAACAGGUGGUCAGGAGGAAACAGUGAGUCCACCUGGUCCUGCAUGGGACGCUGGAUUACUGUGUUCUCAAGCAAGAACCACGUUCAAAAAAUGAAUAAGGAAAUUUAUCUGGAACAAAAGGACUCACAGGUACUUUCUUUCCAUGAACAAUUCUAAGGAAAGGGAGGCAUCUGACAUCUCCUUGUACUUUCUCUGCCUUUUGCCUACAAGGAUUAACCGAACUAUCCCUCAUCUGUCACAAACUCCUCAGCAUGCAGCUCUUAAGCUAACAAACCAACUAGAAUCCACUUUCAGAGCCAGAAAAAUGUCAGCCAAUAUAAAAUUAAAUGAAUGCGACGACUAUUUGAAGGAAACUUCAGGAAAACAAAAUGAUUUGAUGCACAGAACUGUCCUACAAUGCCUGUAAUAGUGAAGUGCUUCCAGUAUACCAUGGCUUGCCCAACCCCUCAGUCACAAGUCGUCCACUGAACAAAUAACGGACAAAGCCAGAACAAAACGGUCACUUAAUAUCUGGUACAGUUACUGUGUAAAAAAAACAACAACAAAAGAUGUCAGGUUAAUCAGUAGUUCACUUCUGUAUAAAUGCAAGAAAUGAAAAUACUGUGGUGAAGAAAUGUCUUUCAUUGGACUGUACGUUUUGUUACAUGUUCGUAGGUCUGCAGUACUUGACUUUAAAGAUGGCACAAUGGAAACACGUACAUUCAUACUAUCUUUAUGUAGACAGCCAAGUGGACAUAGUCUUGAAAGUAGGAAGUUUUAUCACAUUUACCAUAAAUAUCAUGUUAUUUUGUGGUGUGUUCGUAAGGGCUGUUCGAAAUUUGUUAAAGAUGUACUGUCUGUGUUAUAUAAGCCUGAAUAUCAUUGGUCAGACUGUACUCAAAUCAAAACCACGUCCUGGGUUAAACAACUACUCUGCAUACAAACUCAGUAUAUCCAUGCCUCCACUUCCACAGCCCCUCCAACUUCAGUGCCUUAAUAACUACAGAGACAGGCAUUUGUGUCAGUGUAUUAUAAUGUGCAUUUAUGCUCCUAACUUAAAACACUAGUUUUCUUGCCAUGCCAAUGAACGACUGAACCAACAUCAAGAUGAAUUAAGCUCUUAUACUUGUGAACAGUCAUGUAAGCUGCUCUGGUUUUGUUUAAUACUGCCUUAUUAAGUCAUGACUGUCAUUGUCUUUAUGUGCGUUCCUCACAACAAUCCCCUCAGUGAAGCUUUCUUAGAUGCAAGCCAUACAUAGAACUAGUCUACAGUGAUUAAUAUGAAAGACAGGGGAUUUGGACUUGAAAUUAAAUCCUUUAUUUGUCCCGCCUCAGGGAAAUGCAUCACUUUGAUUGUCCUCAUCCCAGUUCUGCGUCUUUACAUGUCAAUGACUUGCUCGUGUAUUUCUGCUCCUUGCCUGCACUGUCAAUAAGUUUCCUAAACCAAUCUUUGCCGAUGUCAUUCUUUGAAAUCUUACUCAAGGUAGGUCAUGCUUUUUGCAGUUCUGUGUAAUUAACAACAUAUCUUUAAUCAGGCCCUCCACUGUUCCUAGCUGCAGCCUCAUUAAUGCACAGAAGAGGUGAGCUAAACAGCGUUUGAGGUCCAAAUGAUUUGUAAUUAUUUCUGAUGUCCUUUUUGCUUUCUCAGGAAAUUCUUGGAUCUUCCCCCUUUGAACUUUAAUGGCUUUUUGUCAAUAAAACUCAUUG